GCGGGUCGGUUACUUUCCAUUCGAAAUCCCCGACUACCAUCCCAGCAGCAAAAUCGUCUCCGCCGAAAGUCAAUUGGCAUAACGGCGCAAGAUCAGUGAUAAUGGAAGAACUGUGAAGAAAAGACGCGAGAUGGGUUUCAUUAAGAGAGAAAAGAAAGCUUCAUCUUCCUCGACUUCAACAUCGCCUUGUGCUCAUCUCAGAGCUGCUUACCAAAAUUGCUUCAACAGGUGGUACUCAGAGAAGUUUGUGAAGGGUCAAUGGGAAAAAGAGGAAUGCGUUUCUGAGUGGCAGAAAUACAGAGCUUGCCUCUCUGAACAUUUGGAUGAUAAGCAUUUGAGUCGCUUCUUGGAAGCUGAAAUCAUUCCAGCCGAUUUGGGAAAUCCAGUUGAUGGUGCUGCUGCUGGUGUUCCCCAGUAACUCACAUUGUUCUAUCUCUAAGUAAUAAACUAGAGAACAAAUUCAAGAUAAUUACCUAUGAUUGCUUGUGUAGCAGUCUGACCAUCUAAAGUACCCUGGUUCUAUUCUUGUUCUGCAAUAUGCAAUGUAGGAGUUAAUGAUUGAAAUUGCUUAGUAAUAGUUAUUAUAUUUUUCUUCAAGUAAUCCAAAGAAGUAACUAGCAAAGCUUAUUGGAGCUAUAUUUACAUUUGGCUGCAGAUAAUUACCUAUGAUUGCUUGUGUAGCAGUCUGACCAUCUAAAGUACCCUGGUUCUAUUCUUGUUCUGCAAUAUGCAAUGUAGGAGAGGGUCCUGGAGCGGCAUUGAUGGAUAGGUGAAGCCUACAAUCGAUUAUUUAUAGAUGGGUACAAUAGAAUUGUUUCAUAUAUGGUGUCAAUGAGAUUUUGGUGCAGGAAAAUCCUUGAUGGAAUGUUGAGAAACUGUAUUCCUUAUUAUUUUACUAUUGAUUUGAAUUUGAGUUGGUCAUUGAACUACACUGACAAUUAAGUAAUAUAAAAUCAUCACCUCAGCCAUUGCUCCCA